AUCGAGUCAUUCAUUCAUCAGACGCACAACAUUUCGUGAUCAGUGUGUGGGGAAAAUGGCCUCGCCUUCUUCGUUUUCAAAGGCCAUUUUGACUUUGGCUUGCCUUCUGCUCCUUGUUGGCGGCACGAGUGCCCAACUUUCGAUUUACUACUACUACGAAACCUGCCCCUUGCUUUGCCCGACGGUGAAGUCGAUCGUCCAGGCAGAGAUUGCUAAAGAGGCCCGAAUGGGCGCCUCGCUCCUCCGCUUGUUCUUCCAUGAUUGCUUCGUCAAUGGUUGCGACGGAUCGAACCUCUUGGACGACACGCCUACUUUCACCGGAGAGAAAAACGCAGCCCCGAACGUAAAUUCCCUGCGAGGGUUUGACGUGGUGGACAAGAUUAAGUCCGCUGUGGAGGGAGUGUGCCCCGGCGUCGUCUCGUGUGCUGAUUUGUUGGCAAUUAUCGCCCGGGACGCUGUUGAGAUACUGGGAGGGCCAGGGUGGGAUGUGAAGCUGGGACGGAGAGAUGCGAGAACUGCAAGCCAGGCAGCAGCUAACAACAGCAUUCCUCCUCCAACUUCUAACCUCAACGCCCUCAUUUCCAGUUUCCAAAAUCACGGCCUUUCUCAAAAGGACCUCGUCGCUCUAUACGGAGCGCACACAGUUGGGCAAGCCAGAUGCACAAACUUCCGAGCCAGGAUCUACAACGAGAACAACAUUGAUAGCUCAUUCGCCGUAACGACGAAGAGCAAUUGCCCAAGCGUCACCGGCGUCGGCGACAACAACCUGGCCGGGCUCGACUUCCAGAGCGCGACAUCAUUCGACAACACCUACUUCGUCAACCUCAUGAAGAAAAGAGGCCUCCUCCACUCUGACCAACAGCUCUUCAACGGCGGGUCCACCGACUCGCUCAUCAGGGCUUAUGCCCAAAGCCAAGGCACCUUCUUCCAGGACUUCGUGGCCGCCAUGAUCAAUAUGGGCGACAUCAAGCCCCUCACCGGAUCCAACGGCGAGAUCAGGAGGAACUGUAGGAGAAUUAAUUAAAUAUUGCUGAAUUUAGGAUCUCUGUGUACUCCUUAAUAUGGAGUUUCGGUAAUAAAAUUCCAUCUGAUCGGGGUCUAUUUUGCUGGUGUUUAUUUGCAUUUGAAGCUUUUGUUGUUGUGCAAGCAUUGAGAAGGAAUUGUAAGAAUCAAACGUUGUAAUAACAGUCCUGCCAAGAUUUCGUCAA